UACAACUACCACUGCCUACAUUUAGCACAAGCUUAGGUUUUCUUGUUUGUUAAAGAAACUUUCUCAUCAUCGUUAAUCAUGGCUGAUAAAAAGAAUCUGCUGUUGCUCUUCGAUCGUCCUAACGAGCCCAUUUUCGUGCAGAAGGGACAAGCUGCAGUGUUCGAUGUGCCCGACAAAUUCCUCACGGAUCGCUAUCGUUCCAUCAGCAAGAAGGUUCUACGUGAUGAUUUCGCUGAAAAGGUAGAGCAACGCAUUCCCGUUCGAGAUAUAACUAUUCCGGAUCUGCGUUUACCCAUGUCACUACCCCGAGAUGUACAAUUUUCUCUUUUCAUUCCGGCUCAUCGUCGUAUGGCUAGCCACCUGAUUGACAUUUUCAUGGGUGCGUCCUCCAUUGACGAUCUUCUGAGUGUUACUGUGUAUGCUCGGGAUCGUUUGAAUCCGUAUUUGUUCAAUUAUGCACUGUCGGUGGCGCUGCUACAUCGUAAGGACACCAAAGGGCUGAACAUUCCGCCCCUUGUACAGAACUUCCCCGACAAGUUUGUGGACUCCCGUAUUUUCCGUCAGAUUCAAGAGGAAGUCUUCGUUGUUCCUGAAGGGGCACGUAGGCCCAUUACUGUUCUACGCGAUAACACUGCUUCCGACUUAGAUCCCGAACAUCGGCUUUGCUAUUUCCGUGAAGAUAUUGGCGUUAACCUCCAUCAUUGGCAUUGGCAUUUGGUGUAUCCCUUUGAAGCCGGCGGUGGUGCCAUUGUGGAAAAGGAUCGUCGUGGCGAACUCUUCUACUACAUGCAUGAACAAAUGUUGGCUCGGUAUAACUUGGAACGCUUCAGCAAUAGUUUGGCACGGGUUGCGCGUUUCAACAACUUGCGCGAUCCCAUAAAGGAAGGGUACUUCCCCAAAUUGAACUCAUUGGUGGCUAAUCGCUCUUGGCCACCACGAUUUAAAGAUACAAAAUUGUCAGACGUAAACCGACCAUUGGAUCAUGUUCAAAGGGAUGUAAGUGACUUGGAGCGCUGGAGCGAUCGUAUACUUAAUGCUAUAGCGGAAGGAUUUGUCAUUGAUGAAAGUGGCAAACAGGUACCACUGGACGACGUUCGUGGUAUUGAUAUUUUGGGCAACCUGAUUGAGUCUUCUAUUCUUUCUCCAAACCGGACCACGUAUGGUAAUUUACACAAUAAGGGCCACAUGCUCAUUGCAUUUUCUCACGAUCCCGAUCAUUCUUAUUUGGAGGAAGUUGGUAUAAUGGGUGAUACCGCCACUGCCAUGCGAGAUCCCAUUUUCUACAGAUGGCACGCAUACAUGGAUGAUAUCUUCCAGCAACACAAAACUCGUCUCAAGCCAUACCCUCUAUCUGACCUCAGCUACCCGGAAAUUUCUAUCACUGGUGUACAAGUAGAUACCGAAGGAUCUCAGCCAAAUGUUCUUCAAACUUUCUGGCAACAAUCAGAUAUUGACAUAUCAGGUGGAUUGGACUUUCUGCUACGUGGCGAUGUGCUUGUUCGCUUCACUCAUCUCCAACAUACUCCAUUCACCUACACAAUCAACAUCAAUAACGACGGUGGUGCUCAACGUUAUGGUACAGUACGAAUCUUCCUGGGACCGAAAAGAGAUGAGACCCAUAAGGAAAUGCUUUUCAAAGAGCAGCGUUUGCUGAUGGUAGAAUUAGACAAAUUUAUUGUGUCACUAAACCCUGGCCAAAAUACCAUUCGACGCCGAUCCUCUGAGUCCAGUGUUACCAUUCCCUUCGAGCAAACCUUCCGUAAUGUAGACAAAAACCGACCGGGAGAAGGUAGCUCCGAAGAACUAGAAUUCAACUUCUGUGGUUGUGGAUGGCCUGAUCAUAUGCUCAUCCCGAAAGGUUUGCCCGAGGGUCUUUGCUGCGAAUUGUUUGUUAUGGUAUCCGAUUAUGAUCAGGAUAGGGUCGAGCAACAAUUGGUGGGUACGUGCAGUGAUGCUGCAUCCUACUGCGGCGUGCGUGAUCGCCUUUAUCCAGACCGUCGUGCUAUGGGCUAUCCAUUCGACCGUCUGGCUCGCUCAGGUGCUGACCGCCUUGUCAACUUCUUGACCCCGAAUAUGAGUAUAGUGGAUGUGGUAGUGCGUCACGAUAACCGCAUUGUAACGUAAUCAACGAACACUUGGAAGGAAUUGAUCAACUUUACUCGCUAGAACUACGAUUACACAGCAAUGGACAUCUUUUAAACUCAAACACAUUGACAUGAUAUGAAUUCGAUUUACCCACAAACACUUUUUAUAUGUACUUAUACGAAAUGUUACCCAUAGCUCCGUCUGCGAAAUGUUAUUUGUUUUAACAUAACUCAACCGGAGCCAUUGAUAUUUGUU